AUGGGUGAUUUUAAUGCUAUGUUCUUUCCUCAUGACGGUUUUGGGGGGUCCUCUCGUAGAAAUGCUGAUAUGUCUGAAUUCUAUUCUUGUGUGGAGGAUGUGGAGGUGUUUGACUUACAUUAUACGGGUAUCCAUUUCUCUUGGAACCAAAAGCCGAAUGAAGAGGGGGGUAUUAAGCGCAAGCUGGAUAGGGUGUUGGCUAAUAUGGAGUUUACUAGUAUGUUCCAUGAUGCCAAUGUCCAUUUUCUUCCAUCUGGUUAUCGGAUCACUCUCCGGCGGUUUUAUCUUUUAAAGGCGGCAUGCGGAAAAAGAUUUGGGGUUUUUAAUUUGAUAAUUUCUUGGUGGAGCAUCCGUCCUUUUUUGCAGGUUGUGAAAGAUGAAUGGUCAAAACAUGUAGAGGGGUCGUUCAUGUUUCGUAUGACAAGUCAUUUGAAAGCUCUCAAGACCCUUUUACAAAAGCUCCAAAACUCCUAUGGUAAUCUCUCGGAUCGGGUUUCUUGUUUGAAAUCAGAAUUAGAUGUGAUCCAGGUGGCAGUGGAUAAUAACCCCUCUAAUGUGGAAUUGGGAUUUGAUCUUGGCCAUCUUCGGCUUGCUUAUCAAAAAGCUUGCUGGGAUGAGGAAUGUGAGGCUAAACAGAGAGCAAAAGUUAAAUGGUUGAAUGAGGGUGAUUCGAACACUAAAUUCUUCCAUUGUGUGAUUAAAGAACGACGUCAUGCUAAUUUUAUUCAAUCUGUUUGCACUAGCCAGGGCAAUUAUGUGAAUGGAGAGGAUGUCCCUACUGUUUUUGUGGAUUAUUUUAAGGGUUUCUUGGUGCGCGGGAUGAGUUAG